UCUUCAUUCUCUCUCCACCCACCAGGCGGCCGCUCAGAGUUGAGCCCAAUGCGGGAAACAGCAGCAGACUGAGCACCGCUGUCAACGACCGGCUCCGAUACCGGACCACUGACUCGAAAGGUGGACUUGAUUUCUGUCUUCAACAUUCAGUGUGUAGCAGGUUCAGCCCUCGGCGGGGACAUGCCGGAACCCGAGGGGAAUCGUCUGUCACCGCAAGGUGUCCCUUACACCGACCUGCCGCACAUCGUCAACGCCGACGGACUGCACCUGUUCUGCCGUUACUGGGAGCCCGAGAGUCAGCCAAAGGCACUGGUGUUUGUAGCCCAUGGAGCGGGAGAGCAUAGUGGUGGUUAUGCUGACAUUGCUCACAGCCUGACCCAGCAUGGUAUUCUGGUGUUCGCCCACGAUCACGUUGGUCAUGGCCAGAGUGAAGGCGAGAGGAUGGCUAUCAAAAACUUUCAGAUUUACAUCAGAGAUGCCCUCCAGCACAUUGACAUCAUGAAGGGCCGCAACCCCAAUCUGCCAGUGUUCAUAAUCGGACACUCAAUGGGAGGGGCCAUUUCCAUUCUGACCGCAUGUGAGAGGCCGCAGGAUUUUGCAGGUGUGGUUCUCAUAGGUCCCAUGGUUCAGAUGAAUGCUGAAUCUGCUACACCUUUCAAGGUUUUCCUGGCAAAAAUUUUAAACCGCUUGAUUCCCAAACUCCCUCUUGGUUCGAUCGAAUCAAAAUGGGUCUCAAGGGAUCCCAAACAGGUGGAGGCAUAUGACACUGAUGAGCUAAAUUAUCACGGAGGUCUGUGCGUCUCGUUCGGAAUGCAGCUGAUGGAUGCAGCGGCCCGCAUCAAGAGAGAAUUACCCAACAUUACAUGGCCUUACUUCAUUCUCCACGGCGAUGCCGACAAGCUUUGUGACAUCGGAGGCUCUCAUCUACUGUAUAAUGAGGCCAAGAGCACUGAUAAAGAACUAAAGGUGUAUGAAAAAGCCUACCAUGCCCUACACCAUGACUUACCUGAAACAGUUGAGUCUGUCUUAAAAGAGGUGAGCACUUGGAUCCUGGAGAGACUUCCCAGCCCUCAUGAGUCUUAGCUGUCAAUCACCGCAUACACAGUUGCCUAAGCCCUACCCUCUACCCAAUCUUUCAUCUCUAUGACAAAGAGAUGUCUGACUGCACUACAUGCCAACAAAACUACCCUCAUUCUAAUUUACCUAAAUGAUAAGAGGUCAUUAGUACGUGACCUUUGACCUAGAGGUCCAGUUAAGCUUUAAUAUGCCCAGUAAGGGUUCUGUGGGAGUUUAUACUGCCUGAACAGCAGUCAUUACUAUGUUCCUGUGGCUCAGUGGCAGAGCAUUGCGUUAGCAGCGCAAAAGAUCAUGGGGAACACACACAUACUGGUAAAAA